CAGUCGACCUGCUCCACGUCCGCCCCUCCCCCCUCCGCUCCCCCCCUCUCUAAUCCACAAUUCCAUAAUGGCUGGUGGGAAAUCUGCCAAAGAUGCCACCCGCUUCACAUCAACAGGAGUGUGGGCACAUACCAAACCCGGCGGUCGAUCCACAACUCUCCAAUUUGCAGACCCGGCUCCGAAAAAUGAAACACCCCAACAGAAAGUUAAGCGUUUGCGAGAGGCGGCCAAUAGAGCGAAGAUGGCACAAGUGACAAAGUGGGAUAUGGCAUACUUCUACGGAAGAAUGGCAGCGGAUGCGGCGCAUAGGUUUACUGUGUAUGGGAUAAUAUUCGCUACGGGCUGCGUUGGUGUCCUGGCCGUGUUUUCAAUAGGAGACAUGAUCGUUUACAACCGCCGGAAACGUGCAAUAUUCUAUGAACAACAAGAAAAAGAGCAAGCCAGGAUUCUAGAGCUGGCACGGUCGGCAGUCCUACAAGGAAUCGCAACACCGGCGCAGUCGGCGUUAGUCGAGGGCAUUCGGGAAGAGGAAGAGGCCAUGGAAAGGAAAAAGGCCGAAAGAGGCGUUGGGAAAAAAUUGCUGUGGUUCCUACACGGUGAAUGGAAGGAAGAUAAGGAAUUGAAAGAGCAGAGGAAGAAAACUGUACUUGAACUCAAGCGAGAGCAGGAGGCCGGGCAGAAUCUAGGGGUCACCCAGGCAGUACAGGAAGCGAGGGCAAAUGCUUCAACGCAAUCCCCGGUCGGUGGGUCAUUAGAUCAAGCUGCUGCGAAUGUAGCUAGCGACGCACAGAAAGUGAGCAAAGGCUGGCUGGGCUGGGCAUUUGGUGGAUCUAAGGACGAAUAAGACGUUGAAAGCGACAUGACUAAGGACCCAGGAGCAGGCUCUGUUCUGCUCUUUGUAUCAUAACUAAUCUCCAAGCCUGUACACCGCGGUGUUAAGAUUAGAUGUACAAAUCACGGAGUUGAGGAGGAACAUCUUUUUGGCUAUAGAUAUUUUUGGGUAUCUUCCAAAUUCGAAUUGAUGAACG